UGUGAUGGAAGGAAAGGAUGCGGAGGCUGCUCACAGCCCUGGGUUUGCAGGCGUGUGGAAGUUGCUGAAAUAGGUAAAGGGUCAAAAUUGCCAUUUGGAAAAUGGUGACGAUUUCUUCAGUUACUUACAUCACGGAUGAAUAUAAGGGAAAACUGGGCCACUAAGAUUUUUUCCUGCUUUGCAGUUUGCUAUCAGCAGAAGGUAAAACAUGUCCUUGAAGAUAUACAAUUUUACAUAAACAGCUGAUGUUUACAUAAGCCUAGAUAAGUUUGUGAAAAACAGAGAUAGCGGAAGAUGCAGUGUUAGCUGAACUCGGCUAUCCUGCUGUUUGUCUGUGUAAUAAUUUACCUUUUUUUUUUUUUUUUCCUAUUGUUGCAGUGUAAGAACAAAGUGAGCAGCUGCACCUUUACCAAAGCAACCACCUGCGUUCCUCCUCUCCUCUGGAAUGGACAAUGGGAUGGUCUCUGACUUUAUCAUGAUCAAAAACUUCUUUCUGUUCUGCGUUUCCAUGAGUUUAGCCAGCCACUUCGGCUUCUCACAAACGCCAACAGCCUCAGGAAAAGAGGACACCAAUGAUAACAUCACUAUAUUCACCAGGAUCUUGGAUGGUCUGCUGGACGGCUAUGACAACCGACUGCGCCCAGGACUGGGAGAGAGAAUAACUCAGGUGAAAACGGACAUCUAUGUCACCAGUUUUGGCCCUGUGUCAGACACAGAAAUGGAAUACACCAUUGAUGUUUUUUUCCGCCAAAGCUGGAAGGAUGAAAGGCUGCGAUUCAAAGGCCCCAUGCAACGCCUCCCUCUCAACAACCUGCUCGCCAGCAAGAUCUGGACCCCGGACACUUUCUUCCACAAUGGCAAGAAGUCUAUUGCUCACAACAUGACAACCCCAAACAAACUUCUGCGCCUGGAGGAUGACGGCACUCUGCUGUACACCAUGAGAUUGACCAUCUCUGCUGAAUGUCCCAUGCAGCUUGAAGAUUUCCCCAUGGAUGCACAUGCUUGCCCACUAAAAUUUGGAAGCUAUGCUUACCCCAAUUCUGAGGUGAUCUAUGUGUGGACUAACAGCACCACAACAUCUGUGGUGGUUGCCGAAGAUGGCUCACGACUUAACCAGUACCAUCUGAUGGGACAAACUGUAGGAACUGAAAACAUUAGCACCAGUACAGGCGAAUAUACUAUUAUGACAGCCCAUUUUCAUCUGAAAAGGAAAAUUGGUUAUUUUGUUAUUCAGACGUACCUGCCUUGUAUUAUGACUGUGAUCUUAUCACAAGUGUCAUUCUGGCUAAACAGAGAAUCUGUCCCUGCUAGGACUGUCUUUGGAGUAACCACAGUCCUCACCAUGACCACCUUAAGUAUCAGUGCCCGUAACUCUUUGCCAAAAGUGGCCUAUGCUACUGCAAUGGACUGGUUUAUAGCUGUCUGCUAUGCCUUUGUAUUUUCUGCAUUGAUUGAAUUUGCAACAGUCAACUAUUUCACCAAGAGAAGCUGGGCAUGGGAUGGCAAAAAAGCCCUGGAAGCUGCUAAAAUCAAGAAAAAAGAGCGUGCAUUACUGGCAAACAAAUCAACUAAUACUUACAGCACUGGGAAGCUGACCCCUGCACCAAACAUGCCAAAGGACUCAGCCCCAUCUGUCAUCUCAAACACUGCAUCUGCUCCAGCAAAGUCUGCAGAAGAAAAGCCCGCUGAAAACAAAAAGACUUACAACAGCAUCAGUAAGAUUGACAAAAUGUCCCGGAUAAUUUUUCCAGUGCUGUUUGGAACUUUUAACUUAGUUUACUGGGCCACAUAUUUGAAUAGGGAACCUGUUAUUAAAGGUGCCAAUUCUCCAAAAUAAACUGAAGGACUCUAAAGCCACAUGUGAGCCAUACUUACAAAGCAGAUGCUACCAAGGAAAAUUUGAGAUCCAGACGACUUUCUACAUUUGGGCAAUAUUCUUCAGGAAUUUUUUUGCAUGUUUAAUAAUAUGUACAAAUAAUAUUGCCUUGAUUGUUUCUACAUGUAACCUCAGAUGUUUCGGAGACGAUUAUAUUACUUACAGCAACAGAUCUUUAUGAAAG